AUGAUUUUAAUUUUUUUUUCAAUUAUAGGUCUUAUCAACUUUAUUAAAUCAAAAUGUAGUCAUCAAUGCGGUUUACAUGAAGAAUAUAUAUGUGGACCAACUUGUAUUGAAACUUGUGAUUAUAAACCACAAAUUUGCACUGCAGAUUGUAGAUUUGGUUGCUUUUGCAAACGUAGAUAUAUUCGAAAGUCUAAUGAAACUGGUAGUCCUUGUAUUCUAAAGCACCAAUGUGUCAAGAACACGACAUUUUCGAACUGUGAUGAAAACGAAAUAUAUGAUCGAUGUGGUUCAUCAUGUCCACCAAAUUGUAAGGAUCUUUAUUACCCACAAAAACCCAAGUUCUGCACUUUACAAUGUGUUGCUGGUUGUUUUUGCGAACAAGGUUUAUAUCGUACAGAAAAUGAUAAAUGUGUCAAGCCAGAAGAAUGUUGUCAAGGUCAAAACGAACAAUAUACAAGUUGUGGUACGGCUUGUCCUGAAACAUGUGAUUAUAAGCCCGAAGUUUGUACAAAACAAUGUGUUGCAGGCUGUUUCUGCAAGCCUAAUUAUAUUCGUAAAGCUAACAAUACUAGCAGCCAUUGUAUCGAACGAGAUGAAUGUUAG